AUUAAUGACACUAUAAAAGAAGCCAGUUACAAAGUGCUUCUUUCAACAACUGAGAAUGAAGUGCCUUGCGUUACUAAGUAUUUGCUUUGUGGCUGCCUUGAGCCAAAAGCUUUUCAUUGGUGAGCAGGUCCUGCGAAUCCAGGCCAGGAAUGAAGGACAGAUAGCACAGCUAAGAGAGUUGGAAGAAAUGGAGCACCUACAGCUAGACUUUUGGCGCAGUCCAGCAAAACCAGAGCUUCCAGUAGACAUCCGUGUUCCAUUUGUCAGCAUUCAGGCUGUCAAAGUCUUCCUAGAGUCCAAUGAUAUUCCCUACAGUACUAUGAUUGACGAUGUGCAGGCAUUGCUGGACCAGGAGAAAGAAGACAUGCUGAGAGCACGACUGCUUGAAAGGAACACCAACAGCUUUAAUUAUGCUGCAUAUCACACAUUGGAAGAGAUUUACAGUUGGAUUGAUAGCCUUGUAUCAGAAUAUCCAAACCUGGUCAGCAAGCUUCAGAUUGGAUCCAGUUAUGAAAAACGCCCACUUUAUGUUCUCAAAUUUAGCACUGGUGGCAGUAAUCGCCCAGCCAUUUGGAUAGAUUAUGGAAUUCAUUCCCGUGAGUGGAUCACUGUUGCUACAGGACUUUGGACAGCAAAAAAGAUUGCCUCAGGCUAUGGCACUGAUCCAUCUGUGACAGCAACCUUGAAUAAAAUGGACAUCUUCAUUGAACUUGUUGUGAACCCUGAUGGGUAUGUCUACACUCAUACAAAAGACAGAAUGUGGCGUAAAACAAGAUCUCCUAAUUCUGGCUCUUCAUGCAUUGGAGUGGACCCCAACAGAAACUGGGAUGCAGGUUUUGGAUCAUCUGGUUCAAGUGGCAAUGUUUGCUCUGAAUCGUAUCGGGGACCGUAUGCUCACUCUGAAGUUGAAGUGAAAGCUAUAGUUGACUUUUUCAAACAGCACGGGAACAUUCAAUCAUUUCUCUCACUACACAGUUACUCCCAGAUGCUGCUUUAUCCAUACGGCUACACUUACAGCCCUGCACCUGAUGAUGCAGAACUGAAUGCUGUUGCAAAGAAGGCAGUAGCAGCUCUAACUUCCAAAUAUGGCACCAAGUACACCUAUGGAAGAGUAAUUACUACCAUCUACCAGGCAAGCGGUAUCACCAUUGACUGGACCUACCUCAAUGGUGCCAAAUACUCCUUCACAUUUGAGCUACGUGACACUGGUUACUAUGGUUUCCUGUUGCCAGCAAAUCAGAUUCUGCCUACUUCAGAGGAGACGUGGUUGGCUCUGCAAGAAAUCAUACAGCACGUCAGAGACAACACAAACUAAACAAUCAGCAGUUGCGUAAAUACCAGGACUGAUUAUGAGGCUGAAGGAAAAUCAGUGACUGCAUGACUUUUUUGUGACUUUCCUAUUCUCUAUAUUCUUGAUUUGGAAUUUAUCCUUUUACUCAGAACUAUAUAGCCAUGCUUAUCAAAGAACAGCAAAUGUAUCAUUACAAGCAAAUGUUAAUCAUGCAUGUAUACUGACUAAAUAUACAUGUACUUAAUAAAGCACAUUACAGUACUUAAAUUCAAAUAAAAUCAAGACUGGUAGUCAUACUCUU